AUGUUCACCGACUUCUACUUCUUCCCAUUUCAUGCAUUUAGAAACCAGUCAUCUGAUUUAGUAGCCACAGUUUCAACAAGAAGCUGCUCAAUACUCGAACUUUUGAGAAAUAAAAAACUAGCAAAGAGGUUGUGGCUUCAACACACCCGAAUUGCAGAGGCGGUCGUUCUCAAGAUCUUCAUCAGUAGCUUGCAGUCAAUGGAGUUUGAGUCUAUGCUUGUAUCUGAACAUUUCCAAUCUUGGAAGAAGCCAAAGGAACAGAAGGCAAUAAUAAUUAUCGUCCUCAUGGCUCCAUUAUAUGCCAUUGACUCCUAUGUUGGUCUGCUAGACAUUCGUGGAAGCUCAACAUUUUUCACAUUCUUGGAUUCCGUCAAAGAAUGCUAUGAGGCUCUGGUGAUGGCUAAGUUUUUGGCUUUGAUGUAUACUUAUUUGAACAUAUCUAUCAGCAAAAACAUAGUGCCUGAUGAAAUUAAAGGAAGAGAGAUUCACCAUUCGUUCCCAAUGACUCUUUUCCAGCCUCACACUGUCCAUCUGGACCAUAAAAAUUUAAAGCUUCUCAAGCAAUGGACAUGGCAGUUUGUGGUAAUUCGCCCGGUUUGCUCUGUCUUGAUGAUAGCUCUUCAGCUUCUUGGAAUAUAUCCCAGUUGGCUCAGCUGGACAUUCACAAUGAUCUUGAACGUUUCAGUUUCUUUGGCAUUGUAUUCCCUUGUGGUUUUCUACCAUGUUUUUGCGAAAGAGUUAGCACCACAUAAACCACUUGCCAAGUUUUUGUGCGUCAAAGGCAUUGUCUUCUUCUGUUUUUGGCAGGGAAUUCUGCUUGACAUUCUUGUAGCAAUGGGAAUAGUAAAGUCGAAUCAUUUCUGGCUUGACGUCGAGCAUGUCCAGGAAGCUCUUCAGAACAUGUUAGUGAUCGUGGAGAUGGUUUUCUUCUCACUCUUGAUGCAAUAUGCAUACGCUGCUGCACCUUACCGCAAUGCUUCAGUUUCAGACACCAGUGACAAAAAGAAAGAGUGA